CACUAUAUAAAAAAAAGAUUUGUUUUCUUCUUUUUUUCUUCCAUCGCAAAGCUUCACCAGUCGACUCUGCUUCUUCCCGGCGAUCGUUCACCGGCAAAGAAAUCUGCGGUUGAACAUUGAAAGAAAUGGCUGAAGGUGGAGAAGAGGACUUGCCAAGGGAUGCAAAGAUUGUCAAAACGUUGCUAAAAUCAAUGGGCGUUGAUGACUAUGAGCCUCGAGUUGUGCAUCAAUUUUUGGAACUGUGGUAUCGCUAUGUUGUUGAUGUACUGACGGAUGCUCAAGUCUACUCAGAGCAUGCAGGGAAGGCUUCCAUUGACUCUGAUGAUAUCAAGCUUGCCAUUCAGUCGAAAGUUAAUUUCAGCUUCUCACAACCCCCGCCACGUGAGGUCCUCCUGGAGUUGGCUAGGAACAGAAACAAGAUUCCAUUGCCGAAAUCAAUUGGUGGGUCUGGAGUACCACUCCCUCCUGAACAAGAUACCUUGAUCAACACUAACUAUCAGCUAGCUAUUGCAAAGAAGCAAAUUAGCCAACCAGAAGAAACGGAGGAAGACGAAGAAAGCGCUGAUCCCAACCCAGCUCCUAGCAAAAAUCCAAGUCUUUCUCAUGAAAAGACAGACGUACCUCAAGGUACUCCUCAACGAGUAUCCUUUCCCCUUGGCGCUAAACGUCCAAGAUGAUGUCUUACGUUAGAUCAGCUUUAGUCUCAAGAACCUUUGUAUCCGGCUUCCUAUGUAUUUAAUCAUAAACAUUGUAUAAUUGUUGUUUAAACAUCAAGUAUGAAAUUUUAAGAUCCUUUUGUAACAGUGGGUGUUAGUUUAAAUGCUCCUCCUUCCAGUAUUUAUUAGACACAACUAGCAGAGAGUUGAGCUGUGAAAUGAAGAACUAUUUUGGCAUUAUCAAUAGUUUUCCAACAUAUUCA